UUGCGUGAUGAUGAUGAUUUUGGUGGGUGCCAUGGCGGAAGAUCUAUUCGAAGAAAAGGUUUACAAAGAUGCGGUAUGGUUCGUUAAGGAGUGCGGAGCCAAGAGUUUGACAUUGUGCCUGAAGGAAAAAGCUCUAAAAUUCAUAGAGCGACUUCCGAACAAUAUCGACAUAGGAAAUGGAAUACGAAUCAAACAAAGUGAUUCGGACAGAGUUUCAAGAGAAUACAGUUCAGUAAGGCUUCCAGAUGAGACAAAAGAACGCGAAGCGGUAAUCGACAGGGUGUUAGUGGAACGGAUUUUUGAUUAUUUAAGAUCGCACACUCUGGAGUUGAAAAUACCGAUGAUUAUACAAGCCGUGAACGAGGAGUCCGAGAAUUCACUAGUAGAAGCGGCUCGUAAGGAGGGCGGAGGCGGCCUCGGAGGCUACGGCGGCGGAGGCGGCAAGAAGGGCAAAGGCGGCAAAAAAGGCGGCAUGGGUGCCAUGAUGAUGAUGUUCUACAUGAAAUCUGCCAUGAUGUAUGCCAUAGGUCUCAAAGCUAUCGGUGCUAUAGCUUUUAAAGCACUGAUUGUAGCUAAAGUAGCGCUCACGAUUGCUACGAUUGUUGCUCUCAAAAAGAUCGUCGAUUCGAAGGGUUCCACGUCGACGUACGAAGUCAUAGCCCACUCUGCCCAUGAUCAUGACCACGGCCACGACAGGGUGUACACUCCGGCAGAUUUAGUUUAUAGAGGUUACAGAAACGGUGUUUAAAGGUUACGACCUUGACGAAUUGUCAAAACAUGUGUAACGGUGCUUAGUGAAGUAGUUGUCCGCGUUUAUGUAGUUUUUAGAUCACCUCGACUAGUACCUGGAUUGUUAGUGAGUUUGUUACAGUUUUAUAUUUUUAUAAUUGGUUAUUUAUUUGU